AUGGCAACUACGUAUGACUGGUCGGACCUCAAGGCCAUUCCACAGAAUGAUGGAGGUAAGCCCCUGGCCCCUAUUUCAUACAAUGCAGAAUACGUUGCGGCUAUGAACCUGUUAAGGGGAGUAAUGGCAGUUGAGGAAUAUUCGGAACGAGCGUUGGCAUUGACUGCUGAAGUCAUUGAGAUGAAUCCUGCUCAUUAUACAGUUUGGGAGUACAGAUCCAGGAUACUGAAAAGUAUUGGCAAGGAUAUAGUCCCAAAAGACAAAAGACUCGUGCCGGACGGUGAUGAAGAUUUCGAUAUUGUGGACUUUGCGGACUGGUUAAAUGCUACUUCUCUUGAUAAUCCCAAGAAUUAUCAGGUUUGGAACUAUCGUCAACUGCUAGAACCUGUCCGUAGCGACAAUCCCGAAUCAAAGAUAUUUUACCUGAUGGAACUGGAGCUUGUACGGGAUGUGAUAUCAGAUGAUACCAAAAACUUUCAUGCCUGGUCCCAUUUGAAGUGGGUGGUUAACAGGGUCUCUGAGAGGUACGAAGAGAGCGGUGGAUCAUCUACAAUAUCUAAAGCAGACUCUGACGAUAAAGCUCAAGAAAAGACUGCUGAAGAGUCAGAUUUUACAGAAGUUUUCUCACUUAAAGGACAGUUGAAAUUCAGUGAUUUGUUUAUAGAAGAAGAUGUGUACAAUAACUCAGCCUGGAGCUACAGGUACUUUGUUCACAGUCAGUGGGGCAUUCUCAGUAAAGUCGAGCUCGCUGCUAGUGAAGAGCGGUUCAAUGAGGAAAUAAAUUACGUUAAAGAGCGUAUUGCUCUAGCUCCUCAAAAUGAGGCUGUAUGGACGUAUCUUGUGGGCAUAUAUGACAAAUAUGACCAUGACGCCCAUCCACUUGAUGAACUAGAGUCCUUAUGUAUACAAUAUGCCGCUGCCGACCAUAUUGAAUCGUCUCACGCACUUGAGCUACUUUUACGGAUUUAUGAACAACGACAAGAUAAAGCAAAGGCCUCGGCAGCACUGGACACUCUCGAAAAACUACUGCCAAUGAGAUCCGGAUACUGGGAAUACAAACGACGCUCAUUAGGUUAG